AAUUUUCCAAAGUCCAAACUAAUUUUUUCUGUAAAGGACACUGAAUAUAUGUAUGUUGACGGGUAACACCCCCAACUUGGGCUCGUCCUCUCUCUCUCUCUCUCUCUCGCUCUCUCUGUAUGUGCCAAACUUGAUCACACGCCUGUUCCGUGUGGUGUGCGCGAGUCUCAGUCUGUGGCAUCUUCAUUCUGAGAUUCGCUGAACCAUCAAUCGGCAUUUAGCAUUCAGCAUUCAACAGCAAUCGAAUUCGGAUCCGAAUGUGGCAACGUAGAGUUCAUCAAUUCUCGGCCAUUCAACGGCGCCAUGCCGUAACUGAAUAUUGAAUCUCCAUCGCGAAUCGACAAUGUCUUGGGGAUUGGGUUGGAAGAGGCCCUCCGAGAUCUUCCACCUUACUCUCAGCUAUGGCACCGACGAUCCGCCGGAGACUCUCACCCGUACCUCAAACUCGUCGCGUUCGUCGUCUUCGUCGUCGUCGUCGUCGUCGUCCUCUUCCUCAAUCCUUUCGCAGGAUCAGGACCUCGGGUUUCGCAUCGAAUUGGAUUGGUCCGCGUCGGAGGAGGAGGAUCAGGUCGCUCUGAAGCUUCAGUCGCAGUUGAUGGUGGCUCUGCCGUUGCCGCAGGACACCGUGGUGGUUGAACUGAGGCCUCGUGAUGAUGAUGAGAAUGUGGUGGAUCUGGGAAUGAAGGUUGUUAAGAGAAGGGAGCCUCUCAGGGCUGUCACAAUGGCCAAGGCUGUUGGCUCUGGUCAGCAAAACGAGGGCACUGGGGUUUUGAUACGCUUGUUGCGCUCCGAUUUGGCUUCCUCAACGCCGAAUGAUGGAGACGCCGCUGCCUGUUGCGGUCACCAUUGGUCCACUCUUGCUGUGCUCAGUAUUUGUGGCUGUGGCUUAUCGGUGUUUCCAGUAGAGCUUACACAAUUGCCACACCUUGAGAAACUCUACCUUGAUAACAAUAAGCUGACAGUUUUGCCCCCUGAGCUUGGUGAGCUGAGAUGCUUAAGGGUGCUUAGGGUUGACAACAACAUGCUUGUCUCGGUGCCUGUGGAAUUGAGACAGUGUAUGCAAUUAGUGGAGUUGUCAUUGGAACACAACAAGCUUGUUCGGCCACUUCUUGACUUCAGGGCUAUGGCUGAAUUACGAGUUCUUAGGCUAUUUGGAAAUCCGCUUGAGUUUCUUCCUGAAAUUUUGCCCCUCCACAAACUUCGUCACCUUUCUCUUGCAAAUAUUAGGAUUGUGGCAGAUGAAAAUUUGAGAUCCGUGAAUGUGCAAAUAGAGAUGGAAAACAGUUCUUAUUUUGUUGCAUCUAGGCAUAAACUCAGUGCUGCCUUCUCUCUUAUAUUCCGCUUUUCUUCUUGUCAUCAUCCUUUACUUGCAUCUGCCCUGGGAAAGAUAAUGCAAGAUGAGGGAAAUAGAGUGUUUGUAGGUAAAGAUGAGAAUGCAGUACGACAGCUUAUAAGCAUGAUAAGCAGUGACAACUGUCAUGUGGUCGAACAAGCAUGCUCUGCUCUUUCAGCCCUUGCCUCUGAUGAUUCUGUCGCACUGCAGUUGAUGAAAGCAGACAUCAUGCAACCAAUUGGAACAGUUCUGAAAUUUGCAGGUCAGGAAGAGGUAAUAUCUGUAUUGCAAGUUGUGGUCAAGUUGGCCUUCACAUCUGAUACUGUGGCUGAGAAGAUGUUGACCAAAGAUAUUUUGAAAUCAUUGAAAAACUUGUGUGCCCAUAAAGAUCCAGAGGUACAAAGGCUUGCUCUGUUAGCUGUUGGGAAUUUGGCCUUCUGUCUAGAAAACCGUCGUAUACUUGUUACUUCUGAAAGCUUACGAGAACUUCUCUUGCGCCUGGCUGUUGCAACUGAGCCACGUGUUUACAAAGCUGCAGCUCGUGCUUUGGCAAUUCUUGGAGAAAAUGAAAAUCUGAGGCGUGCAAUAAAAGGGAGACAAGUGGCAAAACAAGGACUCCGCAUACUCUCAAUGGAUGGAGGAGGGAUGAAAGGUCUAGCAACUGUUCAAAUGCUAAAGGAAAUUGAAAAGGGAACUGGAAAACGAAUACAUGAGUUAUUUGAUUUAAUAUGUGGCACAUCAACUGGUGGAAUGCUAGCUGUUGCCCUUGGAAUUAAGUUAAUGACUUUGGAAGAAUGUGAAGAUAUAUACAAAAAUCUUGGGAAGCUUGUUUUUGCUGAACCUGUUCCCAAGGACAACGAAGCUGCAACUUGGAGAGAAAAGUUAGAUCAACUUUAUAAGAGUUCAUCACAGAGUUUUAGGGUUGUUGUUCAUGGAUCAAAACACAGUGCAGAUCAGUUCGAGAGGCUAUUGAAGGAAAUGUGUGCUGAUGAGGAUGGGGAUCUAAUGAUAGAUUCUGCCGUGAAAAGUGUGCCCAAAGUUUUUGUUGUAUCAACCUUGGUGAGCAUGAUGCCAGCACAGCCAUUUAUAUUUCGCAAUUAUCAGUACCCUGCUGGAACACCUGAGGUGGCUUUUGCAACAUCAGAUAGUUCAGGGAACACUGCAUUAGCAUCACCUAUAGGUGCACAAGUUGGCUACAAGCGCAGUGCUUUCGUUGGAAGCUGUAAGCAUCAAAUAUGGAAGGCUAUCAGAGCAUCAUCUGCUGCUCCUUAUUAUCUUGACGAUUUCUCUGAUGACGUCAACCGCUGGCAAGAUGGUGCAAUAGUGGCAAACAAUCCCACAAUUUUUGCCAUAAGAGAAGCACAACUUCUGUGGCCUGACACAAAAAUUGACUGUCUGGUUUCAAUAGGAUGUGGUUCUGUUCGAACUAGGAUGCGAAGGGGUGGUUGGCGAUAUCUGGAUACAGGGCAGGUGUUAAUUGAGAGUGCAUGCUCUGUUGAUCGUGUGGAAGAAGCUUUAAGUACAUUGCUGCCUAUGCUUCCUGAGAUACGAUAUUUUCGUUUUAAUCCAGUUGAUGAACGUUGUGAAAUGGAACUUGAUGAGACAGAUCCAACUAACUGGCUAAAGUUGGAAUCUGCAAUUGAAGAAUAUAUACAAAUAAAUUAUCAGGCAUUUGAAAAUGUGUGUGAGAGAUUGCUUCUUCCUUUCCAACAUGAAGAGAAGUGGUCAGAGAAUCUGAGAUCUAAAGUACCCAAGACAAAAGAGUCACUGAAGGGUGCUAAUGGCCCCACUUUAGGGUGGAGGCGUAAUAUACUACUUGUUGAAGCUUCACAGAAUCCAGAUUCUGGAAGAGUGAUCCACCAUGCCCGGGCGCUUGAGUCAUUUUGUGCUCGUAACAGCAUACGAUUGUCCCUCAUGCAGGGCUUGACUGGGAUUGUAAAGACUGUGCCAUCAACAACAUUCCCUACUCCAUUUGCAUCACCUCUGUUUACAGGAAGCUUCCCUUCAAGUCCCCUUGUAUAUAGUCCUGACAUUGGUCAGAGGAAUGGACGAAUUGAUCUGGUCCCACCUUUAAGUUUAGAUGGUCAAUUGGGAAAAACAGCUGCAUCACCUCCUAUGUCUCCUCGAGGACUUAGACAGCUCUCUUUACCUGUUAAAUCAUUGCAUGAGAAAUUGCAGAACUCACCGCAAGUGGGUGUUAUACAUUUAGCUCUUCAGAAUGACUCAGAUGGCUUGAUUGUGAGUUGGCACAAUGAUGUAUUUGUGGUGGCUGAACCUGGAGAGCUUGCUGAGAAAUUUCUACAAAAUGUUAAAUUCAGUUCGUUGUCAACAAUGAGGAGCCAUCGCAGGAAGGGCGCAUCUCUCUUGGCCAAUAUUUCUACUAUUUCUGAUUUAGUUGCCUUUAAACCUUAUUUUCAUAUUGGAGGCAUUGUCCACCGUUAUCUAGGCCGUCAAACCCUAGUUAUGGAGGAUGAUCAAGAAAUUAGUUCAUAUAUGUUUCGUAGGACUGUCCCUUCUAUGCACUUAUCACCUGACGAUGUACGAUGGAUGGUUGGAGCUUGGAGAGACAGGAUCAUAAUAUGCACAGGGACAUAUGGACCUACUCCUGCUCUUAUUAAGGCCUUUCUAGACUCAGGUGCCAAAGCUGUUGUUUGUCCUUCAAAUGAACCCCCAGAGUCUCCGUUGACCAACUUCGAUGGUUCCAAAGAGUUGAACGUGAUGGAAAAUGGUAAGUUUGAAAUUGGAGAGGAUGAAGCGGAUGACGAGAACAUACCUGAUAGCCCAGUAAGUGACUGGGAAGAUAGUGACGCCGAGAAAAAUGGGGACCGCACAUUUUCUUUAUGGGACAGUGACGAAGAGGAACUGUCACAAUUUGUUUGUCUGUUGUAUGAUUCAUUAUUCAGGGAGGGUGCUAGCAUCAAUGUUGCUCUGCGACAUGCUCUUGCCUCAUAUCGAAAAAUGGGGUAUGUGUGCCAUCUUCCCGGCGUACAAUAAUUUGUUCACUUAAUCUUACACAAUAAAAACAAAACAAAACAAAGGACGAGAGAAGAGGUGGAAAAAAAAACAAGGAAAGAAAGAUAAGCAGCAGUCUGGGUGAGAAUAUGUUCUUAUAAAAUUAUAGUCGAUAACCAAUUUUGAGGCU